ACCCUAGCUGCCACUCAGUUUAUGAAGAUGUACUCAUGAGCGUUAUGUCCAAGACAUUGUGUGUAUUCCCUACCUUUCCUCUUCCGCAAAUCUGGGUUUAGACACCCGUUCCCCUUCGGCUCUUGCAGAUUCUCUGUACAGCUACUUCGCUAUCUCUUCUGCGGAAUCUUGCAAUAUUGUAGCUUGUCUUUGCAUCUUACUCUGUCGCGGAUUGUCACUGCAAGUGUACUGGCUCCUUGUCUGGCAUGUGAUUACCUGUGAUCUGAUAGUGCAGCAAGGAUGGAAUCAGCCGCAGGAAGAACACAGAGAGCACUGGCAGUCUGGUUGGUCAUUGCGCAGCUGCUGCAGAUAGUGGCAGCGCAGGACUUGCAAGUGGAUUUCUAUGGUGGGACCUGUCCUUCGGCGGAGAAGAUAGUGAGAGACGCUGUGGAAGCUGCCGUGGCGAAGGAUCAUGGCAAUGCGCCGGGCCUGAUUCGUCUCCACUUUCAUGACUGCUUCGUGCGAGGGUGCGAUGCGUCAGUCCUUUUGGACGGACCGAAAUCGGAGAAGGUGGCGUCGCCCAACUUUAGCUUGCGAGGAUUCGAAGUUGUAGACGCGGCCAAAGCAGAGCUCGAGAAACAGUGUCCUGGAAUCGUUUCCUGCGCCGACAUUCUUGCCUUUGCCGCUCGUGAUUCCAUUGAAUUGACUGGCGGAAAGAGAUGGGAGGUUCCUGCGGGUAGACGAGACGGCAACGUGUCCAUCAAUGCCGAGGCAGAAGCAAUGCUGCCGAGCCCGCAGCUCAAUGUGCAACAGUUGACUGACAGCUUCACUCGCAAAGGAUUAUCUCAAAGCGAUAUGAUCACAUUAUCGGGUGCGCACACGAUUGGUCGAAUCCAUUGUUCGACCGUCGUGGCGAGAUUGUAUCCUGAGACAGAUCCCAGCCUCGACGAGGAUUUGGCUGUGCAGUUGAAGACCCUCUGUCCUCAAGUCGGCGGGAGUUCAUCCUCAACCUUCAACUUGGAUCCCACGACGCCAGAGCUCUUCGACAACAUGUACUACUCGAACCUCUUCAGCGGCAAGGGAGUUCUGCAAUCGGACCAGAUUCUGUUCGAAAGCUGGUCCACGAAGCUUCCUACAAUGUUCAACGUCUUGUCCACAACAUCGUUCACUUCGUCAUUUGCAGACUCCAUGCUCACCAUGAGUCAGAUCGAAGUGAAGACGGGCUCAGAGGGCGAGAUUCGUCGCAACUGUAGGGCUGUGAAUCCCGUGGUGGAGGCCCCUUCUCCUUUGUAAGCAGCUUUGGGACUCUACUCAUUUGACCUCGUGCUCACCACGGAGAAGACCCGUCUGCAAGAAGAUUAACGAAAGUAAGUUCGACCUCCGAAAAUGGGCAUGUCGUUGUUUUUCGAUGGUUUUUCUUCACAUGGACACAGAUUCCUUGAUUGACUUAUGACUGUAGGUUAAAGUACAGGAACUUGGCUCGCAGGAAGCCUCUGUCCGACUUACAAUAGUAGAUCGGAAUUGAAACUGUAUCAGAAUCUGAAUCAGCUUAGAUAUUGGAUAUUGUUACACAUGAACGUUCUGUUCUCAUAGAGUUAGGGUUUAGGAACAGCUUACCAGAGAAAUCCCAACGGCCGUCAGAAAGCGGCAGCUGUGGAGCUGACAAUGUUGCAUCCUUCCCCGUAGCCUGCUCUUUUCAGGAUUAAAGCUUUGAUGUGGAGUUGUCACACUCAAUAAGCCCUUAACCUACUCAAUCUGAAUAUGAUCGUCGCUGUCAUUCUUCA